AUGGCACGAAUAGCGGACGACAGUGACUUCGAAGCGCUGAAACGACUGGUCGACAACCACGACGGCUGGACGCUCGAGCUGUCCAAGUCCGACACGCAGGUCUACACGCGGCCCGUCGCCGGCUGCAACUUCAACAUGGUGAAGAUCCACACCGAGUUCAGCGACGUCACGGCCGACGUCGUGUUCGACGUGCUGCACGACCCGGACUACCGGAAGGUGUGGGACUCGCACAUGCUGGCCAGCGAGGAGAUCGGCAUACUGAACGUCAACAAUGACGUCGGCUACUACGCAAUGUCAUGCCCUCCGCCGCUCAAGCCGCGCGAUUUUGUGCUGCAGCGUUCCUGGCUCGAUACCGGUCCGCAGGGUGAACAGAUGCUACUUUCUCGCUCGGUCCCGCACAAGAACUAUCCGCCCAAGAAAGGAUACGUACGCGCAAUGUCGUACAUCACGGGCUUUGUGCUGCGCAUGAAGGAGAACUCUAAGACUGGCUGCACCCUGAAGUACGUGGCGCACUGCGACCCGCAGGGCACGCUGCCACCGUGGCUCGUGAACAAGGUUACCCACACGCUAGGGCCCCGCAUGGUGAAGGACCUCAAGAAGGCGGCCCUCGGGUACACGGGCUGGAAGCAGAGCCAGCCGCACCUACGGAAACCGUGGCGCUACCCGGAGGAAAUCCGCUGCCCCCGGAUAUCCAUCGAUGACUGCCUCGAAAAGGUUCCGGAACCGUCGGCGAUUGCAUUAUCGUCCGGUCACUCAACCCCUUCGCACCAGCAGCAACCAAUCCCCAGUCAACAACAGUCCCAGCCACAGACGCCAACGCAACGGAAGCUCCCCCAGCAGCUGAAGGCCCAAACCAACGGCCGGGUGCUGCCGAUUAUGCACAAAAAAGCCCAAUCAACUCCCGCGUCACCGGUGGUCGAGGAUGCAAAGUUCCUGAAGCGGGACGAGCUGCUGAAGCUCCGGCUGGCCGAACAGCUGGGCAAGGACGAGAAGAAGAAACCGAAGCCCGACGGCAACAAGGAGCCCGUCAAAAGCAGCAAGGAGCUGGAGAAGGAGGCCAAGGCGGCCGCCAAGGAAAGUAAAAAGGCGACCAAAGCGGCCGCCAAGGAAGCGGAGGCGCUGGCGAAGAAGGACCGCAAAGAGAAAGGGCUCACCAAGCGGCGAUCGCUGUUGAACCUGAAGUUUUAA